GCGCUAGAGGAAGUGACGUCAGGGAAGUACUCGGCCGAUUGUGGAAGCUAGAUUAAACACCGACCUCCCCGGUUCUGUGGUGUUUGUGAGAAGAGUAGAAGGCCAAAAUGUCGGAGCGAAAAGUUUUAAACAAAUACUACCCGCCAGACUUUGACCCCUCCAAGAUCCCCAAGCUCAAGCUUCCCAAAGACCGACAGUACGUGGUGCGGCUGAUGGCCCCCUUCAACAUGAGGUGUAAGACGUGCGGGGAGUACAUCUACAAAGGCAAGAAGUUCAACGCGCGCAAAGAGACUGUGCAGAAUGAGGUCUACCUGGGUCUGCCCAUCUUCCGCUUCUACAUCAAGUGCACACGCUGCCUGGCGGAGAUCACCUUCAAGACAGACCCCGAAAACACAGACUACACCAUGGAGCACGGAGCCACGCGGAACUUCCAGGCCGAGAAGCUCCUGGAGGAGGAAGAGAAGAGGGUACAGAAGGAACGAGAGGAUGAGGAGCUGAACAACCCCAUGAAGGUGCUGGAGAACCGCACCAAGGACUCCAAGCUGGAGAUGGAGGUCCUGGAGAACCUGCAGGAGCUCAAGGACCUGAACCAGCGGCAGGCCCACGUGGACUUUGAGGCCAUGCUGCGGCAGCACCGCCUGUCGGAGGAGGAGCGGCAGCAGCAGGAGCAAGAGGAAGACGAGAGGGAGACGGCGGCCUUGGUGGAGGAAGCCAGGAAACGGCGUCUACUCGAGGACUCAGACUCAGAGGAAGAUGCUUCCCCAGCCCCACCUCGGCCGGCCACCCGACCCAACCCCACUGCCAUCCUGGAUGAGGCCCCAAAAGCCAAGAGGAAGGCAGAAAGCUGGGAGCGCAGCAUUGGCACCCUCGGUGGCGGGUCCCAGCUGUCGGGACUGGUGGUGGUGAGGAAGACAGACCUGGACCAUGGCACCCAGAAUGGCCAACAGGCGCCCUCCUCAGGCACCCUGCACAACCGGAAGCCGGCUGACCCCGCACCCCAGACACCAGGCACCUCCUCCUUGAGCCAGCUGGGUGUGUACUCAGACAGCGAGGACAGCAGUGGCAGCAACUGAGCCCCACCCCACCCUUCCCAGGUCUUGGGGCGGCAGGGGGGCUCGGCCACCUUGGAGGGGCCCGCGGUUGGGGCAGAAGUCAAGGUACCUACCAGAACCAGGAGCAGACAGGCAGGAGCGUCCUCUGAGGGAGUCGGGUUCUCUCCUUCCCGCCACCUGCCCUCCAUGACCUCAGGGGCCCCGCUCAUCCUGCCCCGCCUGGCGCGGUGGCCAGGGCUUAGAUGUCCCAUGAGCUUCCCUCAGCUUUCAGGGGGCCUCCUGGGUCCCUGUUUGGACUGCCUUCGAGAUGCUCAGCCAUGUUUUGGGCACAUGGUGGAGCCCGCCCACCCCUGUUGGCUCCGUCCUUCCACCGCAGAACUAUCUGGAACCAAUAAAAGGAAGCCAGUGUAUGAACAGGCCCGGGUGCCUCCUCUCUGCCUCCCUUUGAGGUGGGAAUUUCAUAAGCGAAGCAUCGGUGAGCACCAAAGCCCAACCGGUUGUCAUCGAGUCUGCGCCACCUCGUGUGUGUCAGAGCAGAACGGUCCUCCUCAGGGUUUUCAGUGGCUGAGAUUUUAGGAAUUAGUUGGCCAGGCCUUUCUUUUGAGCCGCCUCUAGGUGGAUUCGAACCUCCAGCCUUUUGGUGAGUAGCUGAGUGUGUUAACCAUUUGCACCCCCCGGGGGUCUCCCCAUUCUUGUAUUAUUCCCCAGAGAUGUCCAGUUGCCUCUGGUGUGCUCCAGGCUUAGGGUCAGGCAUGUGGGAUUGGGCUGUGAACAGACUAGGAAGAAACAGCUCUGUCUACCCUCGAGGGGCUUACACUCUGGCAAGGAGAAAUACACAGUGAGCAUAAUAAGUAAGGGAAUUAAGUGGUAUGUUGUUAGCUGCCGUCGAGUUGACCCACUACUCACGGUAAACCCCUGUGCACUGAACACUGCCCAGUCCUGCCCCAUCCCCAUGAACAGUUGUGGCUCGGACUGCGGUGACCCGUAGGGUUUUCACUGGUGAUUCAUGGAAGCAAAUCGCCAGGCCUUUCUUCCUAGUCUGUCUUUGAAAGCUCGAUUGAAACCUGCUCAGCAUCCUAGCAACAGGCAAGCCUCCGCGGACAGACAGGUGGUGGCUGCAUGCGAGGUGUCUUGGCCGGGGAUCAAACCUGUGUCUUUUUGUGGAAGGUGGGGAUUCUAUCCCUGAGCCACCAUUGCCCCUGGAAUUUUUGUAAAUUCUGAUUUUCCCUGCAGGCUUGCCAGCUUGCAGCCUUUGUUCUCCGGCCCCGUGUCCUGAGAGCGGUUUGCCCUUGGCCCCCAAUUCCCCGUGGGCUCCCAUGCUGGGGUCUGUCGCUUGUGCCAACCCGGCCCGCUGCCUGCGUUGUCCCCCUUCCCGGGCACCCUGCCCUGGAGACUGCCCUCUUCUGUCAGCAUUGACAGUCCCCCCUCCUCACUCGCUUCCAUUGCUGUCAUCCUGUCCUUGGAGCUGUCGGGCCUUAUCCGAAAUCUCCUCCGUCAACUCCCGGGGGGCCGCCUGAGCUGCCAGAGCACAUUGGAGGUGGUGCUGGGGACUCCCCGCCCUCCCGAGCCCCGAGCUGGGCUUCGCAGAGGAAAGGGGCUGCUCACGCUUCCCAGGGCCUUUGCAGCACACCAGGCUCUGGGCCAAGCUCUCUGCGCCAGCGCCUCAGCCUGCUCCUCCUUAGGCACCCGCUGUCCGAGGGUCGGCUCGCAGGAAGCAAGGGACAGCCUGGGGGUCAGCCUGCGAGGCUCCAGGGGUUAUGCCUUGUGUCACCCCAUGUCCUAGUUCCGCUAAAGCAGCAAUACCACAAGCGGGCGACUUUAACAAGCAGAAAUGUCUCCUCUCACAGUUCAGGAGGCUGGAAGUCCGAGUUCAGGGCGCUGGCUCCAGGGGAAGGCUUUCUCUCUCUGUCGGCUCUGGGGGAAGGUCCUCGUCGUCGGAGCUGCUCCUGGGCGAUUUUCAUGUGCCCUGGCAUCCCCCUCCCCUGUCUCUGCCUGCUUCUGUCUCCCUAAUCAGCUUGGUUUAUAUCUCUUAUAUCUCAAAAGGGAUUGAUUCAAGAUACACCCAGCACCAACCCUGCCGCAUUAACAUAACAAAGAGAAUCCAUUCCCUCCUGGGAUUGUAACCACAGACAUAGAAGGUAGGAUUUACUACACGUGUUGGGGGGACACAAUUCAAUCCAUAACACCCCACUUCAUGGCAACUCCUGCAGACUGGGAGUCUCCAGGGGCAGGGCCCUGCCUCCUCCUUCAGGUUAGGGACUUAGGAGGACAGGGCCACGUCUCGCCCAUCAUCUGAGCCCCUUGGAGGUUGGACCACACCACCCCCAUCAGUCCCUGGAGAAGGAUGUGUCAUGCUUGAUAAAGUCGAGGGUCAGUGAAAAAGAGGAAGACCCUCAAUGAGCUGGAAUGACACAGUGGCCGCAACAACGGGCUCAAGCAUAACAGUGAUCGUGAGGAUGACACGGUGUUUCGUUCUGUUGUGCGUAGGGUCGCUAUGAGUUGGAACCGACUCGACAGCACCUAACAACAACAACCCCUGUCAGACUAGGGGCCCUUGAAGGCAAAGCCUUGCCUCGCCAUCAGAUUGGGGGCCAACUGGGGGUCCAUGAAAGUAAGUGCAUGUCUCCCCCAUCAGCCUGGGAACAUCUGGCAUCAGGCCGAUGCCUCUUCCAUCAGACUGGCGGGUCCAUGAAAGUAAUCACAUGUCUCCUCCAUCAGACUCGGGGGUUCUAAGGGCAGGGCCAUGUCUCCCCCAUCAGACUGGGAGUUGUUGAGGCCAAGCUGUGUCUGGGGCCUUCUGAGCAUCACUAGGGUUGGUGUCACCCCCCUCACGGGCCUCUUCCCCUACCAGACCAUACAGAGUCCUUAGUAAUGUCUGUUAUAAAUUUUAAUCAUAAAAUAAUAUGUGAUAAAUGUGGUUAUAAAUUGCUUAAAUGUAAUUAUUAAAUUGUAUGAAUACCAACAAUAAAAUUGUUUUGUAAAAUCUUUCUACAUUGAAUUACAUUAUUAGUAACUGAGCAGAAGCCUUUUUUAAUUUUUUUUCCUUUAUUUGCUACUUCAUUCCCAAAAAAGUAAUUAUAAACCCGUUGUCAUCGAGUAGAUUCUGACUCAUAGAGACCCUAUAGGAUAGAAUAGAACUGCCCCGUAGGGUUUCCAAGGAGUGGCUGGUGGAUUGGAACUGCUGACCAUUUGGUUAGCAGUUGAGUUCUUAACCACCACGCUGCUAGGGCUCCAGUUAUUGAUAUAGGUUCACAAAUUAUCACAAUAUUGUAGCUAAAACACCAGAAAAUUUGACAAAACCAGCAACUAUGGAAACUCCAGCAGCAUGGAGCAUGUGCGGACAAAACCACGUGAUUCGAAGAGUCAUUGUCCUUGGGUAAUAAUGACAGCUCUGACCAGAGCACGUUAAAACUAAAAACAAACCCACUGGUGUCGAGUCGAUUCCAACUCAUAGCGACCCUACAGGGCAGAGUAGAACUGCCCCAUAGGGUUUCCGAGAAGUGCCUGGUGGGUUUGAACUGGCGACCUUUUGGUUAGCAGCCAUAGCACUAAACCACUACGCCACCAGGGUUUCCAAAGCACAUAGAAGGU